UCAAGCCAUGAUGAAUGGUACCCAUUUUGAGUCCUUCAAUUUUCAUUCAACGUUUUCUCCGAAGCAAAAUAGAAAAACAGAGAGAGAAGCCCGAAACAAUUCAUACCCGCUUGAAGAAGGGCCAAAAUAUUUGCAGAGACUCUUCCACAGCCUCCUUGAUUGUCUGCAACUGAAUGGUUCAUUGAAUUAGUGGUUGAAGCUUUAAAUAUGGCGGCAUUGUGCCAUCCUUUCUUAUUCAGCAAUAAUGGACCGGUCACUUCCCUAAGUUCCACCUUUCUUCCUGGGACAACACCAUUAUCGUUUUCCAUUAAUAGAAAACAAAAACCGUGUAACCUUAAAAAUGUCUCGGUUUCAAUUUCUUGUUCGUCUCUCAAGACUGUAUGUGACCGUACUCUUGAUAGACAUGUUGUCAUGAAGAACAGAAUCCGAUUUGUUCAAAAGCUUAAAACUUUGCUUCUUUCUAAACCAAAACAUUAUAUUCCAAUUCAUGUUUUGUCCAAGUGUAGGGCUUAUCUUUCCCUUCAUAAGCCUCGUUCCUUACUUUCUAUGAUCCAUCGAUAUCCUUCCAUUUUUGAACCAUUUACUAUCCCAUGGCCACCUAAACCUCUCAAUGCAACAAAGUUAUAUCCUCAACUCUGUGUUCGUUUAACUCCGGCUGCAGCUGCUCUAGCAGCUGAGGAAUUGAAUCUUCAAUCUUCCAUUUCAACAGUAUUGGCAAACAAACUCCAAAAACUUCUUAUGCUAUCUUCUCACCACCGGUUACUUCUGGCAAAAUUGGUCCACCUUGCACCUGAUCUUGGUCUCCCUCCUAAUUUUAGAUCCCGGUUGUGCAAUGACCAUCCGGAGAAAUUCAAAAUUGUCGACACUUCCUAUGGCCGUGCACUUGAGCUUGUAUCAUGCGAUAUCAACUUGGCAAAGCCUUUACCGCCUCGUGAGUCCCAUUCUCUUGAUUUUAUAGUUGACCGACCUUUGAAGUUCAAACAAUUGAGACUUCGAAAGGGGCUUAAUUUAAAAAGGCCUCACCAGAAUUUCUUGCUAAAGUUUGAAGAAGUGCCAGAAGUGUGCCCCUAUAGGAACCCCGCCGAGUGUUUGGUCAAGGAAUCAAUUGAGGAAGAAAAGAGAUGCUGUGCUGUUGUAAGAGAAGUUCUUGGAAUGACAAUUGAAAAGAGGACUUUAAUGGACCACUUGACCCAUUUCAGAAAGGAGUUUGGCCUCCCAAACAAGUUGAGAGGAAUGAUUGUGAGGCAUCCGGAAUUAUUUUAUACGAGUUUGAAAGGGCAAAGAGACUCAGUUUUCCUAGUGGAGGGGUUUGAUGAGAAAGGUAACUUAUUAGAGAAGGAUGAGGUUUCAGCCUUACAAGAUAAAUGGAUUUACUUAGCAAGGGAGUCCAAGAGAAUGAGAAGAGAGAGAAGGAAGGCUAGGAUUGAUAAAGAUAUUGGAAGGUUGAGUAAUGUUAAUCAAAAUCAUGAUGACAGCGAUGUUGAUUAUGAUGACGAUAUUGAGAUUGAUAAUUUUGAAGAUGGUUAUGAUGAUGGCUUUGAUGAUAUAUUUGAAGACUUGAAUUUUGACGCUGAAGAUUAUGACCUGGGAAACAAUUUAUUUGCCAAAAAUAUUGGAGAGUUUUGGACUGCAGGACCUUUUCCAACUCAAAAUGGUUUGGAUGGAGAGCAAAAGCAACCCUGGUAAUUUUCAAAGGGAAGAAUGCAAUUCUCCUAUGUUAAGUAAAGGUUGGGAUUGGGAUCAAGUUUUGAUCUGGCAAAAGGGAAUGAGUUCCAGCAUGCCUGUACUAUAUUAUGAUGCAGAUAAUGGUCUAUGCUGGACAUUGAUUAUAGAUCAUUUCAAAGUAAGAUCGUGUCUAUAAUAAGAUUCGAGUAAAAAUUAGAAAGUUCCAAGGCAUUUGUACUUGUACAUAUAUUAAUUGUCUUUAGAACAUUAGCUAACAUUAUUUUUUGGUUUUUUUUUAUAUUUUAUUUCAGUAUUAUAUUUAUAACUUGGUAUAUAUUAUACUAUAUGAUAGUGAUUUUGUAAAUAAGCUGUGACUCUGGCAGAAGGGCCUUCCCAUAAUGUUUGGCUGCUGCAUUGAAUAUGGUAAAUACAAUCAAUGAGAGACGAAUGUCUCUUGUCAAA